AUGGCUCUUCUCUUUCUCAAAAAAAAGCUCUUCCCGGCCCCAGAACCCAAUCAGAUCCACAUUCCAUGCUCUGAUAUUGCGACUCUAACCUCUCUGGUCUUCUCUCUCCUUCUAGGCAAGCCUCUCUUGGGUCACAUCGACGAUGAAGACACCAUUCAUGGAGACUCAGAUCCCGACCUCGAGUCACAGCGCUCGUAUGACACCUUUGGUCGCUGCGUCAGCCAAGAUGGAUCGACGGGCAGUGGCUCCCAGCGGUCGCGCAUCAACCCGCGCAUCAUCUCUGAUGCCAUCCUGGGUCUUUCUGACGGGCUGACCGUUCCUUUUGCCCUGUCGGCAGGUCUGUCCGCCCUUGGCAACACCAAGGUCGUGGUGUUGGGUGGCCUGGCCGAGCUUGCUGCUGGUGCCAUCUCCAUGGGACUGGGCGGCUACGUAGGAGCCAAGAGUGAAGCUGAAUCAUAUGAAGCCACCGUUCGGGAAACAAAUGAGCUCAUCGACAGUGAUCCCUCCGCAACGUACAACAUUGUCCGUGACACAUUUACACCCUACGGGCUUUCUCCGACGGUGAUUGAUGAGAUCACUCGAGACUUGCAUGCCUCGCACGAGCGUCUCCGAGAAUUUUUGCUGGCCUUUCAUCACCGCGAGUCUGAACCCGACUGUAACCAGGCGUGGAUCAGUGCGCUCACUCUUGCCAUUGGGUAUUUUGUGGGUGGUUUCAUCCCACUGAUUCCGUACUUUAUUGCCUCGCAAGUGCUGGUGGCCCUCUACUGGAGUAUCGGGGUCAUGGGAGUGACCCUGCUGGUCUUUGGCUACGUCAAGACGUGCGUGGUUCGGGGCUGGACCGGACGGGCGAAUGUGGUGGCGGCCAUCUGGGGUGGUGUGCAGAUGGUCUUUGUCGGAGGCGUUGCGGCGGGGGCAGCCAUUGGCUUGGUCCGUCUCAUCGACACGGGGAAUGCCUGA